AUACCAUGGCAACCACAAACUCUACAAAGGCAGAAGACGAGACCACCGACUGUAUCGACGUUGCCGUCAUCGGCGGCGGUAUCGGGGGCGCCUACACGGGAUGGAGGCUGAGGGACAGAGGUCUCUCCAUCUCAGUGUUCGAGUUCUCGGACCGAGUCGGGGGGAGACUCUUCACUGCCGAGCUGCCUGUCGCCCCGGGGACGUAUCUUGAUUUCGGGGGGGAUGAGGUUUCUGGAGAAGCAUAGUAUUCUUUUAGAUGCAGCAAGUGCGAUGGGAUUAAAGGUCAUUCCAUUUGAUGUACAUGGCGAGAGGGGCCAUACUCACUGGUAUCUGCGUGAGACACACUUGGGUCAAGCAGAUCUGGGAGGAUGCAAAACACCUUACAAUCUAAACCCAGAUGAAAGAAAAUCUCCAGAAGCCCUCAUACGGGACAUCUUCACCAACAACACCAACGUAUCCAGCAUCAAGUAUCCGGACGAGAUGUACACGUUGACGACUAAUGACGACGUUCCAGUGUACAAGAUGAGUCAGUCCGACUUUUAUAGCCGUUACGCUACCAUGGAGGCAUUCCGUUAUUUACAAGGAACUAUGUACUGGUGCAUUGACGAACAACGGACGCCGCUGUUCGGACUGAAAUUCGCAAACGAGCCCCCGUCAUCUGUUAAAACAAUACAGGGUGGAAUGGGGAAACUACCCACAACGCUCAUGGAUAGAUUCUUACAAACAAGCAAAAGCCACAGUCUCCGCCUGAACCACCAGCUGGUGAGGAUGGAGAGGAGGCAGGCUGGAGGCUACAACCUCAGAUUCAGGAAGACCCAGACAAACGAUGGUGUCACAACACCUGUUACGACGGACGGCAAUGAGGUGACGAUCUGCGCCAGGAGAGUCAUUCUGGCAAUUCCAAAGAAUUGCUUAGCGAAAGUGGAUUUUCCCACGUUCAGAAACAGUCCUGUUAUUAUGGAUUGUAUCAACUCUGUGUUUGACUACCCAGCUGGAAAAAUAUUCCUGGCGUACCCCUACAAGUGGUGGAAGGCCGUUUAUCCCGACUCUGGCACAGCCAACAGUGAUCUUCCACCCAGAUACACACUAGACUGGUUUACUGGAGACAACGGUGUGGCGGUCAUACUUGCCUCUUACCACAUCGGAGAAACCACUCGAUACUGGCGAGAACUGAGUCAGUUCGGGAAACCCAUUCCGGGGAGUCUUCCUGGCGCUAACGCUGUUACAGACGUCGUCAAGGACAGAGUUGAGAAGUAUCUGAGCCUCAUCUACGAUGUCAGCCAGUCUGAUAUUCCAGAGGCUCUUGGUGGCGGUAUGAUGCUGUGGGAUAGCUAUCCCUACGAGGCUGCCUUCCACUGCAUCAAGCCCGGCUUCAGAGAUGAUGAGGUUGCUGAAAUGAUGAUGAAGCCAUCGCCUUCAGAUGACGUGUAUGUGGUCAGCAACUCAUGGGUAGAGGGGGAUCUAGGUUACUGGGCAGAAGGAACUUUACACACUGUUGACAGGGUGCUGGCUAAAUAUUUCAACGUAUAGCACUAUCUUCACAUUCAGUUCCUUUUCCCAAGGAUGGUCAAUUGUUAGGUAUUUUGUUAAUUUGAUAUUUUCGGUAACCCUUGUUUGCCAGAGAAGCGUCUUCUUUCCUGGUGAUGCAUUUCGUCCAUAUUCCCCCUGUGUGAAUUGUGUGCUAUCGCAAUAGUAGCUCAUAUUGUGCGAUGAUGUUCAAAUGUUGACAUUCAAGAAGUAAUGUUUUCGUUUCUGAUUCAUCAACAACUGGUUAGUAUAUGUAACUGCUAAGUGUAACGCAGCGAUACUGUCAGCCUUUAAGUAACAAAUUAACAUUUAUAGAGUUUGAAAUUCUUACGUUUUUUUCCAUGUAUGGUGGAUUGCUGAGAGGGGGCUCUAUUGUAGAAUGUGUUCACUGAAAAUUGAAAAGUUGAGGCCAGAUGGAGAUGAAGUUAAUCCUUGUCAUGAUUUUUCGACUCUAUGUUGUGUUUAUGAUUAGCGCCCUCAG